UAGAACAUGCGCGGAGUAGUUCUCUUUCACUUGUGCUGUUGGAAGCGACGGUUGUGUGAGGAGAGUUGUCCUUCGUAAUAUAAUAACAAAGUGUGUUUGAAGCGGGAAUUAAUUCCAGUUGUAUUAUAAAUAAUGGCAGAUACAGUGGCUGAUACAAAGGAGACCAUAACUGCUGGUACUCCUGAGAAGAAGGAAGUUGAAAAGGUGGAUGUAGUUGAUGAAGACUCUAAGGCUUCUGAGAAUGGUGAUGUGGAAAAACCAAAAGAGAAUGGAACUGAUGAGAAGGACUCUACUGAAGACUCCAAGGAUAAGGAGGUUGAAUCUGCAGAGAAUGGUGAUUCUACAGAUUCAGUGGAGGUGAGUGCCACCAAGCGGAAAAGUGGAGGUGGAGAUGUCCCUGAUGACAAACCAGCUGAAGGAGCAAGUCCAGAGAAGAAGGCGAAGCUGGAUGAGAAGCCAACUGAAGCAGAGUCCAAGGCAGCCAAUGGUGAAAGUGAGGCAGUUGCCUAAAUUCUGCAAUAACAAAACUUGAUUCGGUUAUUAUUUAAAUCCACCUGUUGUAUUGCGAGUGUGUUUCUUAGUGGGACCAAGUUUCAAGAACAUGUUACUUUAUGUUGCAGCACCCACGAGACCUCUUUUCAACAUCAAUUGGUAUCUUCUGUUCUUUCAGACUAAUUGCCCAUUGUUAAUGGAAGAGUUUGAUUGGACAUUAACUGCAUUUAUUGUGUUUCUUCUUCUAGUUGCUGGUUUUUUUCUUAACAUUCCUGCAUCUAACUCUGGUGCAAAGAAUUUAAAACUUGGACACAAGUAAAAUGAGUGGAGGUAUCUAGAUUGUUAGGCAACUGAGCAUACUUUAACUUAGAGGAGUAUGACUCAAAGUCCCUCUUCCCUUCUGUAAUAAGUCUAGCUGGCAUCUGUAGUUCACAUUCUCUUCAUGUGGUGCACAAGUGUAUUUGAAUGUUACAAAUCAGUAAUAUACUGGUAUUCAAUUUGAAAUAAUUUUCAAUAUUGAAUGCAAGAACAUCACUCUGUAAUGAGGUUUUUCAUUUUACAAAUGUUACAAGGUUUUUUGUAAGAUAUUGUAGCCAAGGCAAUUUGACAUUGAGCUGGAUCUGUGAUUCAGUGCUGUGAGGCAUUUUGAAUGCUUUUCAAACUCCAUCUGUGGUAUUCUGCAAAGAUCAGUCUUAACUGAUACCUGCGGUGAUACUAUUGUUUGUUAAAACAUCCUUCUGUCACCCUCCAGUUUCUUCUCUUACAAAUUGGAUACAGCACAAGUGCUUGGUCUGGAUUGGGGGGAAUGUGAAAGUGUUUCUAGUAGUCCUGGUUUUAAUUUUAUAGUAUUGAGACAUGUACUCUGGAAGUAUCAUACGGGUAAUUGAGUACACAAUUGAUAUCCCUCUAAAUUAAGAGUUUUCGGCUAAUAUUCUUUGCAGCACGAAUGACAGUUUCAAAACCAUACCUUGUGCCUGGUCUGGAUUUGAGGUGGUUUUUAUUUUAAGUUAUGUAUAAGGGCUAGGAGACUUAUUUGGAUGGUGGCAGCAUAAAUAUGUUGCCUAAAAUAAUUGGUAUAUGUUUGAUGAAAAUAAAUGUGGGGAAGUGACCCUGUCUUUUUUUUAUAUUGAACUCUUGCCUGUUUCAGUUACUAACAACUCUCACGUUAAUGAAUAUUUUUAAAAGCCAAGUCUCAAGUGCAUCGCAUGUGUGAAAGGUUGGAAACAAAACUAAACAGAUUUUUAAUUACACCACACUGUGUUCUUUCCUGAGAACUUCAGAUUUUUUCUACCAGCUUUUUUGUAUGGCUGGUGAUUUUUUAUUCAUUAAUCUUCUUGGCCAAAGGAAAUUUGUAUACAUUGUACUUGAUGUGUAGAUCUGAUGUUUGUUUUUCUGGGAUACCUAUUUGAUCUGAAGUACAAUCACCACUUUUGUUUUUGUUGUGUGGGAGUGAACCAUGUAUACAACAUAGUGGUGCAUUUAGAGAUCAAAUACUAAUCCAUGUAUUGUACAGAUUAAAUAAAUGCUGUCACUCUGUGUUCAAGUUAUGUUUUAUAGUGCAUAAUGGCAAUAAAGAGUUAGUUUCCAGUAUA